AUGAGUCGAAUGUCGGAUGGGUCUAAGUUGCGGGCUCUGGAGGAACAGUUGAAGAAAAUGCAGGCUAAGCUAGAUGCCUCAGAGGCGGGGCGAAUGCGGGAGAAGGAGGCAAGGGAAGCGGCCGAAGCAGCACUGCGGAUGGCUACGAAUAUUGCAGAGACACCGGGUGCUAUCGUUCGAAGCCCGAAGAGCGGCCAGAACGAGGUCGAAGGCUUCCGGAUGGCAUUUGACCGCGCGUUCUCCGACCAAAGCGGCUUGUGCCCUGAAGCAUUCUGGAGCAGAAUACGGUUAUUCGUAGCCAAUUACACACCGACUGUUUACAGGAGCCCGGUUUGCAGUGUGGUGCAGUCGAGUGGAUGCGGGAAGUCCCGAUUGAUUAAGGAGACUGCCGUGCGCGUGCACCCACUUGUUUACGUCUCCCUGCAAACGAAUAGCGGCUACCCUCGAGGUCUUGAACCGAUCGUUCAGACCUUUACCUCCCUCAACACCGUUGCGGGAGCGUUUGCAGCCGUGGGACAUCUUCUCCGGUAUAGUAAGGCUGCAUGGGACGUGUCGGGUGGUCAACAAAUCAACUACUGGAGUGAUUUCAUGGAAAUGCCGAACCACGAUCUCUGGAGUUCUGUUGCUGAGACCGUAGUGGGGAAGACCGAGGAGGAUUUGAAGGCUGAAGCGAUGGAGCAGGCGAAAGAAUUAUCUCUAUCAUUCAACGGACCAGUGCUCAUCGUUUUUGAUGAGGCCCAGACGUUGUUGAUGGAAGGGCAAGAUGCCUUAUUGUGCCGCAGCCCAUUCCGACUGCUCCGACAAGUUGCCAGAGAACUGUUCGUUCCAACCCAUCAAGAGGUCGUUUUGCUUUUUACAAGCACCUACUCCAGGGUCCAGAACUUUGCUCCACUGAUGCACUAUGAUUCUGCCCGUGCUGCAUCCGUAGGCGCUUUGCAGUUCGAGCCAAUCAUCGAUGUGGGGCCAUGGUACGGUCCUUCGACGUUGCCGAGCUUGGCACAAUCCUGCACGCUGGAGUACGUCUGUCAGUGGGGUCGGCCUCUGUGGCGAAGCACGCUAGAGGGUUCUGCCACUCCGCGAGACGUUCUUCAGCUGGCCAUGACUAAAUUGGGGGGUGGCAGCCGCCAAGAUAGGACCUUGGCUCUCUUGGGCAUUUUGUUAAAGGUUCCGUUCACCCCGGGUCUGCGUCUUCCUGAAACCAUGGUGAAGUUGUUCAUGGCGAUAGUCAGGCAUGUGGCGGAGGACCGCGAAACCGUGAUUGUGGACUACUUGAUGGAGCCGAUACUAUCCCUUGCCGCAUUCAACUUGAUUAGAGGCUAUGGGAAGGACUGGCCGACCGUUUUACGUUCGCGGUGGCUGACAGGCGCAUUCAUGAAGGGCUCUGCCGGCGAAUGCGUCGCUCAGAUGAGGUGCUUGGGAUCAAUCCUUGUUCAUACGGGCUCCGAGGCUGUCCCCUUGCUGUCGGUUCAAAGUUUCCUGGAGAGGCUUCUCGGCGGUCCUUUGCCUUCUGAGCGUGAUGGUCAGGUCGGUUUCACGGCGUUCUCUAGGAUCGACUGUGACGUGACCCCGGACAUUGUGGCCAGCAUGUUUGCCGCACGCCUUGCUAUCACUGCGAAGCAGAACGAGCCUGGAGUGGACCUGUACAUUCCAGUUUUGGAGAGCAGCAAAGAGAUCCAUCCAGAGAACAUGAGUGUGAUUGCCAUUCAGGUGAAGAACUGGUUAAAGCCGUUGACCGGGGGUCUUAAGAAGGAGAUCGGGCUUAGCAUUCGGGCACGCUGCAGAGAUUUAGGGCUCAGGGUCACGGCGGCCGUGGUGCUUGAGACGGUCAGCGGAGGUCUAGAAAAAGUGAACGAUUGUUUGUUUGGCGGACUCGUACAGGACUUUCCGUGGCCUGACGGGCAAUUAGAAGGUCAGCACGAGUUGCAAGUUUUGUUGAACGGCUAUGCGGACUUCUCCUCCUUUCGCAAAGACCCAACACUCUGUCCGGAUCCAAAUCUGAGCGAGAAAAUGUAUUGCGUGGCUGAACAGUGGUACGAAACGACACAGCAGCGGGCGACUCAAUCGACUGAGGUUCUGCCGGCGACAGUUCCUUGCGGACCGCACCGUAAGCGAGGACGUUUGCGCCCACUAGAUCACCACGCCCACAGCAAGCGGCGAUUACAAUAG